AUGUUUGCACCAAAAUCAAUCCAAACUGAUCACGAAGAUUUGAUUCACGAUGUUGCUUAUGACUUUUACGGCAAAAGGCUUGCUACAUGUUCCAGUGACCAAACAGUCAAGAUCUGGGACAAAUCUGAAGAUGGACAAUGGCGUCAGUCUGCUUGCUGGAAGGCACAUACUGGCUCUGUAUGGAGAGUUACAUGGGCACAUCCAGAUUUUGGCCAAGUUAUAGCAACAUGUUCAUUUGAUCGAGCAGCGGGAAUCUGGGAAGAGCUUCCUUGUGAAUCCCGUGAUGAAACUUCAAAAACAAAGUGGGUAAAGAGACCAAAUUUGGUUGACAGCCGCUCAUCUGUAACAGAUGUUAAAUUUGCUCCAAAACACCUUGGUCUUCAGUUGGCUACUUGUACAUCAGACGGAAUGGUGAGGAUUUAUCAAGCUCCUGAUGUUAUGAACCUGAGCCAUUGGUCUUUGGAUUAUGAAAUUCAUUGCAAACUUAGUUGUAGCUCAUUAUCAUGGAAUCCUACCAGAUCCUGCCCACCAAUGAUUGCAGUGGGUAGUGAUGAUGCAAAUCUCUCUGCUGGAGGAAAAGUUUUUGUGUAUCAAUAUAAUGAUCAACUCAGGUCAUGGAGCAAAUUACAAACCUUAGCCUUGGUAACUGAUCCGGUACAUGAUCUUGCCUUCUCUCCAAAUUUUGGACGUUCUUAUCAUCGGCUAGCCAUUGCAUCAAAAGAUUUAAAAAUUAUUAAUAUGGUUCCAAUAAAACAAGAUAAUAACUUAGAAACAGGCACUGAGUAUGAAAUUACUUUAGUGGGUCAGUUUGACGAUCAUGAGCAUCAGGUCUGGCGUUUAUCAUGGAAUGUGAUGGGAACGGUUUUGGCUUCUUCUGGUGAUGAUGGCAAAGUGAGGCUUUGGAAAGCCAACUACCUAGGCAAUUGGAAAUGUAUAUCAGUUCUGGUUGGAGAUAUACCUUCAAGUAUCCCAGAAUCAUCCAGCCAGUCCAGGUUAGAUCUCUCACCCGUAGGACAGGCUUCCACAGUGGCUUCAGGAUCUGCAUCAAAUAAAAGGUACCCUAGGGUGGUCCCUGGAGGCAAUUUUGGAGCUGCAAUGACCUAA